UGGAGAGUAUAAAAGUGGGUGCAGGAGCCCAGCCAAACUGGCUCUUCAAGAAGUUUCUGAACAUGUAGACAACCAGACAUAAGACAAGGCAUUAGGGGCCGGCGAGGCCGUAUCUCAGAGCGUUGCCGGCGAAGCUGGUUUUAGAAACAAUAUGAUGCAGUUAUAAGGGCAAGGAGAUGGGUGGGGGGCGGGAAAGAUUCCAUAAGCGAAAAAAUGAAGCAACCUCCACUCUGGAGAUCUAAGAAAUUUCCGACGCUAGAACCUUUUGUGUAGCGUUUUCGGCAACCUUCGGCAGAGGGCGCUCGGAAAUUGUCGUCACUUUCCGGACAUCCUCCCAGACUUUACCCUCUAGAAAACUGUACAGUGUUUCCGGCUCUUCUCAGUUGCGGGCGCUCGUAACUUUUCGGCAGUUUCCGGGAAGACUCGGGGGCUCCGCGCCUCGCUAGCUCUGUUCUGAUCGCCUGGCGCAGCGGGGCUGGGUGUCGGGCUAGUCAUGGCGUCCCCUUCUCGGAGGCUGCAGACCAAACCGGUCAUCACUUGUUUCAAGAGUGUCCUGUUGAUCUACACAUUCAUCUUCUGGAGGGGAGUAUUUCGCAGAUCACUGGUGUUAUCCUUCUUGCCGUUGGCAUUUGGGGCAAGGUGAGCCUAGAGAAUUAUUUUUCCCUUUUAAAUGAGAAGGCCACCAAUGUCCCCUUUGUGCUCAUUGGCACUGGCACUGUCAUUAUUCUUUUGGGCACCUUUGGCUGUUGUGCUACCUGCCGAGCUUCUGCAUGGAUGCUGAAACUGUAUGCAAUGUUUCUGACUAUCAUUUUUUUGGUUGAACUGGUAGCUGCUAUCGUAGGAUUUGUUUUCAGACAUGAGAUUAAGAACAGCUUUAAGAAUAAUUAUGAAAAAGCUUUAAAGCAAUAUAACGCUACGGGAGAUUAUAGAAGUGAUGCAGUUGACAAGAUCCAAAGCAUGUUGCAUUGUUGUGGUGUCACCAACUAUAGAGAUUGGAAGGAUACUAAUUAUUACUCAGAAAAAGGAUUUCCUGAAAGCUGCUGUAAACUUGAAGAUUGUUCUCCUCAGAGAGAUGCAGAUAAAGUAAACAAUGAAGGUUGUUUUAUAAUGGUAAUGACCAUUAUAGAGUCAGAAAUGGGAGUUGUUGCCGGAAUUUCUUUUGGAGUCGCUUGCUUCCAGCUGAUUGGAAUCUUUCUAGCCUACUGCCUCUCUCGUGCCAUUACAAAUAACCAGUAUGAGAUAGUGUAACCAACAUAACACGGGCCUAUUACUCUCCAGCUUUAAGGAUAUUAACAUCCCUAUCCCCAACCUUGUGAAUUAUAAGAUCAUCUGGAUGGAAGACCUACAUUUGUUACAGGUAGAUUGAAAAACUACAUCAAUAGUCUGAUUCGAUCAAGACAAUUGUUUGAUACAUUCGAAGUCCACCUUUUGUCCCAUUCAUGUUACAUCGUUGAAAUCCCCGUAUCACUCUGAAACACUGGAAGAGCUUAAUAAAUUGGAAAUGAAGCAAAA